AUGAGUUUUGAAAAUUCAAACAAUAACAAUAGCAGUAAUAGCAUUGGUAAUAGUAAAUCAAAUGACACAGUAGAAAAAGAAAAAGAAAGAUUAAGAUUUAUAAUCAGUCAAUACUUUCAACAAAUUACAAAAGGAUGUGGUGAAAAAAUUAGUCAUCAUUCAGAAUAUUGUUGUCACAAUCCAAAUUUUCAAAAAAUUUUAGAUCCAACCCAAGCAGCUAUGAAGUCAUUAAAAUUAGGUAAAGAUUAUCAAGAAAAGUAUCUUUGUAGUUAUUUAUAUUCAUCUACAGCCGAAAAACUUAUUAUCACCAAUAGAUAUAUGAAAACAUUAGUAGAUUUAUCAUCAAAUGCAAAAAACUAUUCAAAUAUUGUGGAUUUUAUUGUUAAUUAUUUUUCAACACCAUCAUCAAUCAUUACCUCAUUUAAAUCAGAAAAAAAGCAAGACUAUGACGAUGAAACUUAUUUCGAAGGAUUAGAUAUAAACGAUAUAAAUCAAAUUUUUUCAUUAUUAACAGGUUUGAAUAAUAAAAAAGUAGACGAGUCAUUAAAAAGUGCUACAAGACUAUUAAGUAAUAAUUUAAAAUAUAACUCAGUUUCAUACAAAGAAAAAGAACAACUUAAACCAUUGGUUUUUCUUUUAGCAAACGAUUUUAUUCACGAUUUAGAUAAUAGAACAAUUUUAUCAAAUGUUUUUGUUGCAUUUUCUUUAUUACAAGAUCCAAUGAAAGAUGUUAUAAUCAAAUGGUAUAAUAGUUUAUCUAAAGAGUAUUUUAUUAAAACAAUUAUAAAUUAUGAGCAAUUUAUUUCAGUUAGAAUUAUGAGUGAUGAAGUCGAUUUACAUAAAGAUCCAGCUAUUAAAGGUGCAUGUAGUGCAUUACAACUUUUAAGUAAAAUAAAUGAUUUAAAAAGAUAUGUACCAUUUACAGAUUUUUAUAAUGAUGCAAUCAAUGAAGAUUUAGAUUUAUUCAAAGAUUUUAAUCAAGCAAAUCAUUCAUUCACAUAUGCAAAUUUUCCAUGUGUUUUAAAUACAAUUACUAAAGGUCAAUAUUUACAAAUUGAACAUGCACUCUCUCAAAAUAAUCAUAGAACCGAUUUUGGUAGAUUGGGUUUAACAUCAGCUUUAGAUUUCUUAAUUUUUAAAAUACGAAGAGAAUCAAUUAUUACAGAUACAUUAGAUAGAAUUGCAGAGCUCAGACAUGGUAAAAACGAGUUUAAAAAAGAAUUAAAAGUACAUUUUAUAGGCGAAGAAGGUAUCGAUGAAGGUGGUGUAAAAAGAGAGUUUUUCCAAUUAAUUGUUAGAAGAAUUUUUGACCCCGAAUAUGGCAUGUUUAAAUAUAAUAAUGAAACAAGAUGUUUUUGGUUUAAUCCCGAUUCUGAAGAUUUAACAGAAUUUCAAUUAAUUGGUAUAUUAUUAGGUUUAGCAUUAUAUAAUAAUAUUAUUUUAGAUGUUCAUUUCCCACUAGUUAUAUUCAAGAAAUUAUUAAAUUUACCACUUUCUCUUGAAGAUAUUGAAUCUUUAGAUCCAACAUUGUUUUCAAGUUUAAUGAAUGUUAAAACUACAACCGAAGAGGUAGAAUAUUGGUCAUUAUAUUUUAGUGUCGAUUAUGAAAGCUUUGGUCAAACUAAAACAUUUAAUUUAAAGAAGGAUGGUAAAGAUAUUCCAGUGACAAAUGAAAAUAGAGAAGAGUAUCUUCAAUUAUAUGUAGAUUAUUUAUUAAAUAAAUCAAUCAGUAGUCAAUUUAAAGCAUUUUAUAUAGGUUUUAAACUUGUUUGCGACUCAACCAUUUUAAACAUUUUAAAACCUGAAGAAUUAAGCAAUUUGGUAUGUGGUGUCGAAGAUUUAAAUUUCGAUGAGUUAGAAUUAUUUGCAACUUAUGAAGGUGGUUAUACUAAAGAUGAUACAACUAUAAAAAAUUUUUGGAAGGUUUUACAUAGUUUAUCAGAUGAAGAUAAAAAGAGAUUUUUAACUUUUGUAACCGGUGGAGAUAGAGUGCCAUAUGGUGGAUUAGGUAAAAUGGAAUUUACUAUUACCAAGACCGCUGAUAGUGAUAGACUACCAUCUGCUCAUACAUGUUUUAAUACUCUUAUUUUACCAGCAUAUCCGGGUAUAGAUAAAUUAAGAGAUUUAUUAACCAAGGCUAUUACUCAUUAUGAAGGUUUUGGUUUGAAAUAA